CCAUUAUAUAAUCAAGCUUGAUUACUGUGUGUAUUACGUAAUAAAAGUACCUACUCGGGUACCUGAAUAGCUGUAGGUCGCGCCGCCAAAAAUUCGUCAUCGCCAGAUUUAUUUCCUACCUUCAUCCAUGAUCUUCCACGUGCGCUCGCUGCCCACGCAGCAGCACAUCCAUAAUGCUGCCACAGAACAGGCGCCUGCGGCAUCUUCAAGGAAUCCACCUGCGGAAUCUAAGUUUCACACGACCACAAGGUAGAGCCGCCGACGAUCUAGAAGCGGACCUCCCUUCCAACAAGCUCCAAGCUUUACAUGAUGGUCCUCCACCACAAUUGCAUCAUGCUCAUUCCUCCGAGAGUUUGAUACCGACACGAGCCAAUGCUCGACGACGUAGCACUACCCUAGCAAACAUAAGUCCCAUCACACGUCAGAAACAGUUAGAGUACACCAUCGAAGGUAGAGCCGCCGACGUGUUCUUCUCGCUGCACUGCAAAGAAGAUGAAGACCCGAUCUACAUCAGCGAAAUAGGGGAGCGAGCAAUCAACUUCAACUUCCGCUUUUUCGACCUAUCCCAAGCCGGACUACCCGUCACGCGGCGAUCCCAAUUCGUCAUCAAAAUAUGGGCUAAACGACAGCUGUCCUGGAGCUUGCUCCUAACCGAACAUGUCGACCUACGCUCCUUGAAUUAUCUUGGAAGCCUACGAAACCACCACUUCCCCCCAAAUUGCCUCGUCUUCCAACUACUCGAUGGCUUAUACUCCCUCGACCUAUCCAGCAAGCGACCCGAACCGAAACAGGCUCCCACCCUUCCCACAUCGUCCUACAACGCGUUAAUGAAGCUCUCCAACCUCGACACAUCCAUCCAAGACGCCCUUGCAACCCGCGAAGCCCUCACCGCACAAAUAAACUCAAUCCUCGAACGCGUACCCCCGGACACCGUUCCCCAAGCCCAAGAAUCCGCCUCCCUCGUAUCUAAAUACGUAUCAGCCCAAACCCGCGCUCUCCGCGCCUCCCAAGCCCGAAAAGCCGAGCUCCAGGCCUCAAUCGCAACACGACGGACCGCAAUCCAAGAAGGCCGAGCCGCACAGGCCAAAGCCGCGGACGACGUCACACACGCGCAAUCCAAACUUCCAUCCUCACGUACCUUACUAGCAGCUACAAAGGAAAGCAUCCACGGCCAACGCCGUCGUAUAUGCGAAGACCUCGCCCACAUCUUCCCGAUUACCCCGGUACCCUCAGGCGCGCCUCUCUCCUUCCGAAUAUGCAACAUCCCCCUACCAAACACGGACUACGACCCAACCCUCUCCUCCGCAACCGAAGACGCGUUAUCCGCAGGCCUAGGCUACGUAGCGCAACUAACCCACCAUCUACAAUUCUACCUCUUCGUACCUCUCCCAUACCCAAUCUCACCCCUCGGUUCGCGGUGUAGUAUCCGCGAUGAUAUAUCCCUGCUCCCCGAUUCCCAACGCGAGUUUCCGCUCUUCCUACGCGGUGGAGCUACAGCGCAGUAUAGAUUCGAUUACGCGUGGUUUUUACUAAAUAAAGAUAUCGAGGCCUUGUGCUCGGCGGCGGGGUUAAAGGUUGUGGAUAUACGGCAUACACUACCGAAUCUGAAGUAUUUACUUUAUGUGUGUAGCGCGGGACGUGAUGAAGUGCCGGAGCGUAAACGAGGCGGGGUAAGAGGGCUUUGGGCGGGUAGGUUGACGAAAAGUGGGAGAGGGGGUGUGGAUGAUGGUGCUAGUGUGAGUACGGCGGGGAGUCGACCUGGGAGCGCGGAUAGUGAGGCGAGGGCUGGGGGUGGGAGGCAGAGGGAGGCGCUUAUGGGGAGGGUUUCUAGUGGUGGUGGUGUUGGUGCUGCUGCUGCGGAUUCUGGUGGUAAGGAGAAUGGUAUUCCUACGCUAGUCUUUGAUGGCCCGUCUCCGUCUUCAGGUUCGGGUUCGGGAGGUGAUAGUAUAGGCUUGCCGUUCGAUGAGGGUGCCACGAAACUUACGUUGCGAACGAAGGGGUUGAGGGAGAAUGUUGGAGCACAUGCUUAAAGUGACGGGAACUACUUGAUAAACAACCGAAGGGAGAGCUUGUAGAAGCUCGAUGUAAGAAAAGAUGGAUCGAUUGUUAAGUAUUGAGAACAUAAGAAGAGAUGCGAUACCCCCUUCCUCCAGAGGAAAAGAAGAAAAGAAGAAAACUAGGAAUUCAACAAAAGAAAGGAGCGAGAUGUAUACACACUUAUCUAGACGAUGAAAAGAAUGGGGAAGAAAUGAUCUAGUAAUGGACUACCUUAAGAUGGGCGGAUAUUUAAAAAACGUCCUACAACUCGUGACAUUCUUCUGUGAACUUAUCACAAUAUUGAGAUGUCCCCAUCUUUAAGGU